GGCCGGGCUCCGCGCCUCGCCGGCCGCCUGGAGGGUGCUGAGGCGGCCCCGGGUGGGAAGAGCGAGGCGGGGCGGAGCGGGGCGGAGGCGGGAGCGGUGGGGCCCGGCGCCUGUUGCCCCGAGGGAGUUAACGGCGCGGGGAAAGUCGCCUCUCCUCCGCCCCUGCCCUCCGCCACCGCCGCCUGGCAACCGGGGGGGAGCCGCGCAUGUAGGGCCGCCGGGGGGCUGCCGCCGCCGUCCCCGUCCCCCCGCCCCGGAGCAAGGCGUUUAACGUGCCCAGGCGUGAAGUAUGGCAUGCAAAGAUGGUUUCUGCCAAGGAGCCAGCCAUCGCCAUGUCCUCGGGUCUCUCCAUCGCCCUCCUGCACUGCCUGUGCCUGGCGACGUGUCUCAGCGGGCCGCCGGGACAGAGCAAAAAAGAGGAGAAAUUGUGGCCGGAGAAUUUCACCAGCAUCCUGAACAGCCUCCUGGAUGGCUAUGACAACCGGCUGCGCCCGGGAUUCGGGGGUCCUGUUACUGAAGUCAAAACAGAUAUAUAUGUCACCAGUUUUGGACCUGUUUCUGAUGUAGAAAUGGAGUAUACAAUGGAUGUCUUCUUCCGUCAAACAUGGGUAGACAAAAGAUUAAAAUAUGAUGGUCCUAUUGAAAUUUUAAGACUUAACAACUUGAUGGUUUCGAAGGUGUGGACUCCUGACACUUUCUUCAGGAAUGGGAAAAAGUCUGUUGCACAUAAUAUGACAGCCCCAAAUAAACUCUUCAGAAUAAUGAGAAAUGGCACCAUCCUGUACACAAUGAGGCUUACAAUAAGUGCAGAGUGUCCCAUGAGAUUAGUGGAUUUUCCCAUGGAUGGUCAUGCUUGUCCUCUCAAAUUUGGGAGUUAUGCAUAUCCAAAGAGUGAAAUGAUUUAUACCUGGACAAAAGGACCUGAGAAGUCAGUGGAAGUUCCUGAGGAGUCUUCCAGUUUAGUUCAGUAUGACCUGCUUGGGCAUACGGUAUCCACUGAAACCAUUAAAUCUAUUACAGGUGAAUAUAUUGUUAUGACAGUUUACUUCCACCUCAGACGGAAAAUGGGUUAUUUUAUGAUUCAGACAUAUAUCCCAUGCAUUAUGACCGUCAUCCUUUCUCAAGUUUCAUUUUGGAUAAAUAAGGAAUCUGUUCCAGCUAGAACCGUGUUUGGAAUAACCACGGUGUUGACAAUGACGACACUGAGCAUCAGUGCAAGACACUCACUGCCAAAAGUAUCCUAUGCUACUGCCAUGGACUGGUUCAUAGCGGUCUGCUUUGCCUUUGUGUUCUCUGCUCUUAUUGAGUUUGCUGCUGUCAACUAUUUUACUAACAUUCAAAUGGAAAGAGCCAAAAGGAAGACAGUAAAAUCCCUCCUUGAAUUUCCAGUUGCUCCUAUACAAAGAGAAAAAAGUACAGAAGAGACAGUCACGAGUACAGAUGCCAAUUCAAAUGUGAGGAAAAGAACGAAUGCCACAGUACAGUCAGAAGCUGAUGGUGGGAGCCGAAUUGACACAAGGCACAGCUCCAUUCAGACUCCCUCUGUAGCUCAGGGGUCUUCUGACAUUACACCCCACUCUCUUUCUGCAUCAAGUCCCAACCCUUUCACACGCAUCAAUGCAUCAGAGACAUUAUCUUCUGCAAGAGCUACCCCUCCAGCUCCUCCUUCUACCCCGAUUUUAACUGGAUUUGUAUCCCAGCAUGCCACAGCUGGAUCCCCUUCCAUUCAGCACUUGCUUGGAUCUAGACUGGAGCAGAUUCAGACCACCACACCUAAUACGUUAGGAGCAUCUGCAAAACCAUCGGCUGUCACACCACCUGCUCCCCCUGCCUCCCACUCUGGCACUAGUAAGAUAGACAAAUAUGCACGCAUUUUAUUUCCUGUUACCUUUGGAGCAUUUAACAUGGUCUACUGGGUGGUGUAUCUAUCCAAGGAUACCAUGGAAAAAUCAGAAAGUCUAAUGUAGUUUUGCUGCUAUGUAGUAGUUCCUAAAUUAUACUCACAUUUGAUGCAGAGUUUCUUCUUUUGAAACUAUUUAAAAAAGUCAAUAAUUCUUAUUUAUAAAAGCUGUGUGCUACUUUCCCAUUGUAAAGGCUGGAGUUACUGGGGAUAAUUAGUUAAGUCCUUCCAGAGUAAUAGGUAACAGAAUUGUCUUCCUCCCUUCAGCUAGCAGUAAACCAUCACUCUCUUCAGACAGACUGCUUGCCUUUGGGAGGAACAUGCAGAGGGAAAAAAUCAAAGGCAGAGGUGCACAACUGUGCAGUGGAACACAUCUUGACUGCUAGGAAUUAUGCAUGCUGAUUACCACAGAACCCUGCGGCACUUAGCACUGCUGUCUGGACACAGCAUUGCAUUCUUUGAGUGCAAGGCCUAUGUCCUGAAUGUUUUGACAGUACUUGCUAGAAAAGGACUUUCCCUGCUAGAUUAAAAUUGGCAGAAUGGGGGAAAAAUGAGCAGUGGAACAAGAAAACGGAGUCCAGCCUGGGAGAGUGCAACUCCAGAAAAGUUAUGCAAAGGAGUUGUAGAGCUCCAUAUAUUUUUACUAAGCAUUAUUUUGCAUUGCGACCUGGGAAAUUCUCACUUAAAAUAGGAAUGAAUUAACCUUAUAAAAUCUGAAAUCUGAUGUAAUUCUCAAAAUUGGAGUUUUUUGUUUGGUAAGGUGAUUUUAAAUGUGAUUCUUCUAAACUUUGCUGACCAGCUUGAGUGGAUUUAUUCCUAAAUUACGUCUGUUGUGGUAGAAGGCAACCAGGCCCACAGUGUUCAACUGUUUGAAUUUUGUUCUUUCCUUUGGAUGCUUUUGAGUUUGUUGUUUUUUGUUUGUUUAUUUUUCCAUAUUUUUCAGUCACACUCCUCUGAUUUCCUUUGAACACAUCUUUCUUCCCCCUCUUUUAUAUAAUCUUUGUUUCAAGUUAAAUUUUCAACAAAUUUUGAAGUAGCUUCAGAAUCGAGCAAAACACAUUUUCCAGUGCUUUGAUGAGUGUGGCUAUGGCACAUCUUUGAGUGAAUGCAAGACACCCUUUUGUGAAGGAAUGCUGUGACAUAAAUAAGAAAAGAAUGCUUCUUGGCGAAGCAGGGCGGAACACAAGGUAUAUUUAUGGUCAAUUUUUUUAUGCUAUGGCAUAGAUAGGUGCUUUCUUUAUCGGCUCAGUAUGCAAGCAGGAAAUUACCUGUCUUUAUUAAAACAACAAAAAUGUGAACAGUUUAAACGUGAUAAAAAUGUUACCUGCAUUGUUCUUUUUACCAGAUCGGGUAGAAGAUAUGCUGGCAAUAAAUCUAAACAUGUUUGCAUAGAUCCAUCUGGCUAGACAAAUGGCUACCAUUUCUGUACAAAUGAAAAAUCAAAUUCUCAUCUGUGAUCUUGCCGUGCCUUUGAGGGGUCAGGAAGCAGCUGAUUCUCCUUCAAGUAGGCUAAUUCUUAUCUUCAGUUAAUUUGUGUAGCAGAUUGAUAGCCCAUUGUCAAAGUUUUAUUCUGGGGGGUAGAUAAAGUGAGUGUUGUGGGGUUCUCUGCCCAAGUAGUGGUCAAGUGACUGAGAGACUGAUGGAAAUCACAAGCUGCUGGGGUGAUUGAGGUCAUGUAUGAGACUGCCCUAAACUGAGCUGGGACAAGAAUCACUGUACAGUGACCAUAUCUCUGUGCCUCUUUCUAUCCAAAUCUUAUAGCUAUUUCAUAGCUGUGAAUCUGACCUACUAGCUUACAGAACUUGGGAGAAUGUAAGAAAUGUCUUAUAGCAUGUUGUAUGGAUUCCAGGCUACUACUUCAUGUAUAGCAUUAGAAUGUUUAUGAUAGGAUGCAUAGGAUUUGGGAUGUCUUACAUGACUUUAUUAAGAUGUAGUAAUAUAAGCAGUUACGUUAAUCUUUUUUGUUUACUUAAGUGAUAUUCUCAAGAGGCUCGGCAUGGCCCUUUCCUUUUUGCGAUUUUUAUCUAGAAGAAGCUUGAGAUUACAAUACUUCUUGGAAAACCAUUACACAUGACAUAGCACAGAACCAGAAAUGGAGAACCCGUGCAGGUUGUCUAGCUGCAGUAGCUUGCAUCUUUGGAGGUAUCACUAGGACCUGUGACUGUUUCUUCUCUAAUUAAGUCACACUAUUGCAGAUUGUCAGAAUAGAAGAUAUUCUACAAGAGAUCAUUUGUUUGUUUUGUGAAGCCAGAAGAAACAAAACUAAUCCUUUGCCAAUUGCUGAUUAUAAUUGCACAAGAGAUAUAUAUUUCCUACUAUAAAGAACAAUGGCUUUGUAUGUGUUGAGAACCUAGUGUUUGCUCCAGAAGUUACUGAAGUUAUUCUUUGCUUUUCUCUCUGAUGCAAAUCAGACAGAGCUUUAAACGAUUCGUGAGGCAUAGCUGUCUCUUCCUUUCCACCCAUCCCCCUAUACUGCUCAUAUAAUCAGCUUUUUCGGUGCAUUGUUCAGUAGGAUCAACUGGUUCAGCCUAUUUGACCAAGGUCAAUCUAAAUGUGCUACUUGAAUUCAUUUGCAUGUCCUGUUUCAUAUUGAAGACUUAUAAGGAGGAGAAAAGGAUUGCAAAAAUUAAUAGAAUUCCAAUUAUUAAUUUCUAUGCUUCCAUGCUAUAAGAAAUUUUUAAUCAUAUCUCAGAACAAAUGUUUUUAAUCUGUCAAUAUAUUUCUGAAUUACCUUCCAACACUUGCAUGUUAAUAUUCAAAAUGAGAUAUAAAAAUUCUCAUUGAGUCUAGGACUAAUUUAUUGUACUGUGCUACAUUAUUGUGUUCCUGUGUAUGAAGAAAUUAUCAUAACUAGCUUUCUAAAGCACAUAAGGACAAUGUAGAUAGGAGGUUAUUGUUAACAGUGUUUUUUUCAUCAUAUUUAAUCUCCUUUUUGAGUGAUCAGAAACAGUAAACAGCCUGCAGUAUACUCAGAAAUACUGUCUGGUUCUGAAUGCUGUGUAAUUUAGAAGCACAAAAAAAAAGCAAGGCAGGAAUAUGCUAAAUAUAGAGGGCCAAAUGUUCAACACUGGUAACUAAAAUCAUAAGGGAGAGUGUUGCAGGUAUCAUUUCAGUGACCAGAUAGGUUACUAGCGAUGGUUUUGAGUGAGAUGAGCUUUACAGGAUUUUUAUUUUUUUUUUAAUAUUGGCUUUGUUGAACUUUUUUUUUUUUUUUUUUUUUUGACAGUAGCACAGUCGUUUAAAACUAGCCAAUCGCUUCAGAUAGUCAUCUUUAUAACCAGGAAAGAAAAUUGUAUAGAGAGCCAAAAAACCUUACCAGGAAGCAGAGAUCAGUCUCCACUAACUGCUGUUUCCUCGGAGACAUUGUUACCAAUAGCAAAACUCCCACAGAUUUCAGUGAUGCAGCCCCAACCAGUGAUGCAGUCAUUUGAGAAAACUGAUUUAAAACUCGGUUCAAGAAGAUUGUCUUCACAGGAGUUGACGUGUAUUUCAUGGUAAACUGUAAGGCCAAACUGUGUAAGGUCAAAUUUAUCUCAGCCUGCUAUUAAGAAUUUUCACUGCAAUUUCUAAAGUGAUCAAGUCAGGUAAAGAGGCAAACCUAGACCCCAGCCCUCUCAGAGCUCAGCAGUAGAACUGGAGUCUGUCUUUGUCCCUACAGAAGGGACUUGUCUCCAUUGAAUGGAUGUCAGUGGCACAUUUCUGAGGUGUUCUGCAUUUCUUCUCCCACGUGUUUUUAAUUAAAAAGCAGAUUUUGUAAAUUAAGCCAUCCAGUCUACAUUACUUUGCAAUCAGGCAAGUAGACCAUAUGAUAUUUGAAUGAAAGUAGCAAAUAAUUUAAUAAGGAAUGUGACUAGAGCUCUUCUGUUAACAGGAGCUAAAAGUUACUGAUUACAGGGAGUUCAAGCAUAGUCUUGGGCAUCUCAUCAUUUUUAUGACUUGGGAUGGAGUUGGAAAAAAAGAAAAUGGGAAAGCCAAUUAACUAUAUGUAAUAUGAUUUAACCAGUUAUUUCCAGAGAAAAAUGAACUAGCUGUUUUUAAUAAAUGCAGAAUAUUUUUUCCUUCAAUUUUCUUGCAUACCUCCUGUAUGUCAUUCUGACACAGUGCACCUUAUGAGGUAGUGAAGUUUAAUGUAUGUUGUGUCAGAACAUGUAUGUACAGUGUAUGUACUUUGUGCUGUUGGAAAUGGAGGCGAAGGCCAAAGCAGAAGAAAAGAACACAUACACGGGUUGUGUAAGAGACAUACUGGCCACCUGGGACACUUUCUUGUAGAUGCUGCAGGAGAUUUUCUAGGAGAAUUUUAGCGUUGUUUCUUCUGUAGCACACUCUGUCCCCAAAUCCCAAUAGCUUCCACUAAAAUGGAUAGCUGUUGUAUGGCUAAUAAAGUUAUAAAUUACAAUACAGACAACUGAAAAACACUGCUUUUGGAUUUGUUUAAUUCUGAAGUUAAAAUCAUCGAUUAAGAAAAAUGUCCAAUACAUUGUUGAGAAAGCUAGGUGACAUGUAACAUUUAAUGAUGACAUGGAUAAAGCCAAGGAUGAUCAAAGUUUUAGAAGUAUUAGAGAACAGCAGAGAUAUGUGGCAGUAAGUUUGCAAAAGGUCAGUGGAAGGUGGAGGAUGGGAUGUGCUUCUAUGGAUGGUCUGACAAACAUAAAUUAGUACAUUAAAAAGUUGGAGGAGCAGAAUUGCAUAAAUAAAAUUUCUUAGUGCAAAUCCAAUGGGUAAAACCAGAUGGUUCAGUGGAAGGGAAAUUGGGCCUACUUGUUCUCCUGGAAGGAAAAGUGCAUCAUUUUGGAAGAGUCUGAUACACACUAAUUUUUAUAGUCUUCAUUUGUAGGUCUCUACUCAGAAACAAGUUGUAGCUUUUUUUGGUGAAUAUGAGUGUGGUUGUGCAGUUUCAGCAUGUUCUGAGUACCUCAAAUUUUGAAAGUAAAUUUUUGGCACAUUCUAAGCAAGUGUGAGUAGUGAGAAGUUCAGAGCAUUCAGAAAAGCUCUCUCUUUGCUAAUGUUAAUUACUUUGUUCUUAACUGGAGGGAAUGAAAAAACAAUUAUUGUAAGAUCGAUAGAACUUGUAAACCAUACUUUAUUUUCAUGUGGGUUUGAAAAUGUGGUAGGUAUCCUUUUCAGAAUUGAUUAGUUUUACCCUCUAUUCCAUAACUUAAUGCAUCUACAGAUCUCUCUUACACUUCCUUAUUCUUUUUUAUAUUAUUUCACCAGAAAGAGCUUACUUCAAAGCAAACCAGUUACUAUCCACUGCAGUUCACUAUGUUUUCUGGUCAUAAAUCUAUUUUCUUUCCUUCUUUCCUGAGAAACCAAGAGUGUCAUGCCAUCUUUAAAAUAAAAAUAACAGAGAGG